AUGCCCCACAUCCUGUCUAUCCAAUCCCACGUCUCGUAUGGCUAUGUGGGUAACCGCGCAGCCACAUUUCCACUCCAGCUGCUAGGCUGGGAUGUAGAUGCCGUCAACACUGUCAACUACUCCAAUCACGCUGGUUAUCGGAAUUUCACCGGCACAAAGGUGACACCUGCCGAUCUCCACGGGAUGUUGUCCACGCUGGAAGACAACGGGAUGAUGGGUCAGGAGUAUAUCCUCACUGGAUACACCCCUGAUGCACGAUCACUCUCCAUCGUAGAAGCAUACAUACAGCGAAUCAAACAGGCCUCGCACGCUACAUACCUCCUAGAUCCGGUAAUGGGGGAUAACAAUCGUCUUUACGUCGAUAGCGACACAGUCCCCGUCUAUAAAUCCAUGCUCAAGCUCGCGGAUAUCAUCACACCGAAUGGCUUCGAGGUGGAGUUGCUCACUGGUGUGGCACUCAACACGCGCGGAGACAUUAAGAAUGCGCUUGAUGUGCUGCAUAAUUCAUACGGGGUACCUCAUGUUGUCAUCAGUUCGGUGGAGCUGGAGCUGGAGCCUGAGAUUGGCGGUGGUAAUACUAAGCCUGAGCAUGGGGAAAUAAUCAAGCCUACCAUAUUAUCCACAAUCAUCAGCUCAAGCACCCUAAACAGCUUCAACAGCUUCAACAGCUUCAACACCUCAAACACACAAACUCGUAUCCUCCAGUACCCCCUGAUUGAAGGGAAUUUCAACGGCGUAGGCGACAUCUUCUCAGCACUCCUCCUCGCUAAUUGCGAAUCGAGUGCGAGGAACGUGCGCGGCGUAAUUGAGAUAGACACUCUCACUUCAGCGACUGAGAAGACGGUGGGUAGUAUACAGGCUGUACUUAACAACACUCGCAAUUACGCGGCGUCAAUACUCCCGGAGAACAUCGAUGAUAUUGUCGAGAACGACCAGUCUAACUCAUCACGCAUCUGGCGUCAAAGGGUUCGAGAGUUGCGUUUGGUGCAGAGUCAGGAUGAGAUUAAAGCGCCGAGGAUUCUUCAUAGAGCAACAGAAUUCGUUUAA